GUUGAUUUAAUUCUUGACAGAGAUCAGUAUACCCUUGAGGAGCUACUGGACGAGGAUGAUCUUAUUCAGGAAUGCAAGUCUCUGAACAACCGGCUUGUGAACUUCCUUAAAGGGAAGCCGCAAAUCGAGAAGAUGAUCCGAUAUGUGGUGGAGGCACCUCCCGACGAUGGAGAUGCUAAGCGGACAUUCAAAUUCCCGUUCAUUUCGUGCGAAGUCUUUACAUGCGACAUUGAUCAGAUAUUAACGACAGUGGUCGAGGAAGAAGAGAUUAUGGAUCUGCUUUUCUCCUUCACAAAUCCAGAUCGUCCGCACUCGAACCUUCUAGCAGGGUACUUCAGCAAGGUGGCUGUUUCGCUCCUUAUCCGAAAAACUCCAGAAGUGAUGGCAUACCUUCAGAGGCACCCAGAGGUUCUAGAUAACCUGAUUCGACUGAUUGGGAUCACAUCCGUAAUGGAGGUCGUGAUGAAGCUUGUAGGAGCAGACGACCAGAUCAUGAUGUAUCAUUCCGACAAGCUGGAAUGGCUGGCUGAGACGAGCCUACUGGACACAUUGCUGUCUCAACUUAGUGCUCAGAGCUCCUCAGAUGUUCAUGCGAACGCGGCCGAGUGCCUGUCAGCCAUCGCGAGAACAGCCCCAUCCGCAUUGGCCGCUCAGUUGUCAACCCCCAAGUACAUUGGGAAGUUUUUCGAGCAUGUGCUGGAAGGCCCGAGAUCGAUGACAUCCGUCAUCAACUCCCUGUCCGUCUGCAUCACGUUACUCGACCCAAAGCGCGCACCGCCUCCUGGCGUCAUGCGCAACCAGCUCCAAUAUCAGCUGCAGACCCAGCAGUAUCAGCAGCAGCAGCAAGUGAUCUCUGUGGAGACCGUGGAAGGGAUGGUUCAGCGACUGGGCGAGUUGAUUGGCAUUCUAGACCUUUCAAACGACGACAAGGUCCUCCCAACAACCUAUGGAGAGCUACGGCCGCCGCUUGGCAUUCACCGUCUCAAGAUUGUGGAGUUCAUUGGAGUGCUUCUUGGCACCAACAGCGAGCUUGUGCGCCUGGAGCUUGUGAGGCUAGGCGGCGUGCGCACAUGUUUGGAUCUCUUUUUCAGAUUUCACUUCAACAACUUUCUGCAUCACCACGUGGAGAGGAUGGUCAUGGCCAUUCUGGAGAGUGGAAGCUCGUUGCUGCUGGAUCACCUUUUCGUGGAGUGCGACAUGCUCAACCGAAUCAUGACCGCCUAUGACGACCCCCAUGCGCCAGAUUCACGCCCGGAGCCAAGAGCUGCGUCAGCGAGAGUGCCUGCUCGGAGCGGGUACAUGGGCCACCUGACGAGAAUAGCCAACAGGAUCUGCCAGCUGGCAGCGUCAAACUCGCAGAUCGAGGCUCACGUUCAGGCGAAUCCACGGUGGGCGGAUUGGCAGAAGAAAGUUCUCAGAAAACGCCUUUUGCUCGAGAAUGUCUACCAGUGGUCUUGCGGCCGGCCAGCUGCAUUGGACGACCGGCCAGGCGACAGUGAUGACGACGAGUUCAACAGCCGCGACCGGGACUUUGACAUUUCCACCAUCUCGCUCACAGGAGGCUCGAACGCCAACAGGAGCUAUGGGCAAUACGCAUACGGGCAGUCACUGCUUGACUCAGACGACGUGGAAGAGGGCCACGAGCUCAGGGAUCCCUAUGACGUGGACCUCGUGAAGGCGGAGCAAGAAAUCGAGACAUUGACCCUCACUGAGAAUGCUCCCACAAGUGGUGAGUCUAAGCUGCUGCCCACGCCUGCAGCAGAGGAGCCUGACAAGCCUUUGUCCAGCGACAAGCCUGAGGGUGAUGACGCUGCAGAUGACGAGGAGGAAGGCGCUGAGCAGACUGGCACUGAUGAAUCCGGUUUCAAGCCGUUGCUGCUGGACGGUCCCAGCAGCCUGUUCACAUCAUCAGAGGCAGCACAAACCGCAUGGGUGGCGUUCCAAGAGGAGCAGCAGCAGAUGGCAGCAGCGGGUGAUGGUGGAGAGGGUAGUGCAGUAAUAGCUGAAGAGGCAGCAGAAGGGUUGGCUGAAGGGGCAAUUGAAGGGGCAGCUGCAGGGGAAGCUGAAGUGGCUGUGGUAUCUGCCGCAGCUGAAGAAACAGCAUCUGAAGUUACAAGAAGCAGUGAAAGUUCUGGUGCUGUUACUGUCACUGACGAAUCAUCUGGGGUUGUUGCAGCAGAAAGCAUUGAGGAGUCAGGCAGUGCUGGUGCUGAUGUCCCACCAGCAAUCACUCAAGAAUCGAGUGUAGAGUCAGGAAGCACCCAGCAGGCUGUGGACGUUUUUGAGAGUUCACCCUUUGUUGCAGCUUCCACGCCAGAGGCAACAACCGAAGAAACUGCUGCAGCGCAAUCUGACGAUGUCACAGCUGCUGCACUCACAGAGGCUUCAACAGCCGCACUGACUGACCCUACUUUAGGUGAAAGCACAUCUGAAUCCCCGGAUGUCGACACAACAGCAACUAAAGUUCCCGUAGUAGCAGGUGCUGUAGCAGAGACAACAACUGGCGAGGUAAUCUCAGGUGCAGAAGGAGAAAUCAGGGGUGCUGGGGAGACGGGUGGAGCAGGAGGGCAGCAAGUCACCCGGGGAGGUAAUAGUGAAGGGCAGGCAGGAACAGAAGCUGAUACUAGCUGUGGAUCUGCUGCUGCAGCUGUGGUGUCGACAUCAGCUGUAGAGGUCCAACCAGAAUCAGCAGAUAGCAAGGCGCCUGUUGCUGAUAGUGAAUCGGCACAAUGA